ACCGAGUAUGCCAAAAUGGCGCGUUAUUUGGUGCACAAGGCAGAAUGGGUCUCGAUGGGUUCGCUCUCAACCGUGGAGGCCAUCAAGGGUUACCCGAUGGUGAAUGUGAUUGCCGCGGCUGACAGUGCUCGGGGUGCCAAAUCUACCGGAACGUUGUACUUCUACCUGACCAUGCUCGACUAUACGGCCCAAGAUCUGGCCAAGGACAAUCGGUUGACGGUGCUGCUCUCGAUGGAUCAGGAUCUGGAGUGCUCCAAGCAGGGUAUCGACCCGAUGGAACCGACCUGCGCUCGGAUAAUGAUUUCCGGUCAAGCCGUGAAGCUGGAGGAAGGUACCGCCGAGUUCCAGUUCGGAAAGGAUGCCAUGUUCAGCAGACAUCCGCAAGCUAAACACUGGUUGGAUACUCACAACUUUUUCCUGUGCAAACUGGAAAUAGUCCAGAUUGCUGUACUGGAUUAUUACGGUGGUCCGCAUUACGUGACCCUGGAGGAAUACAUGAACGCGGAUCCAGACUCAAAAAGCGUUGAGGUCAGAAGUAACCAAGAAGCGGAAAUUAUCAACCAUCCGGGAGAUGAACGCACAAUCACUGUAAAAAUCCGUAAAGACUCCCCAGUCCGCCAUAUCAACUUGGAGGUUUAGAGGAUGAUUUAGUUUCAUUUCGAUUAGGUAUAAAGCUAGUUCAAUUUAAAUGAUCAUAGAGGAAAUCGAGACUUUCCAAGACUUGAUAUAUAACAAUAAAACGAAACACCAAACUAUUCGAUCGAUUUAAAGUUGCAAAAUCUCGUACAAAUUUGAGCC